CUAUAAAAGGCGGUUAACUACAUCGCUUGCUCCAUUUCAUUUCGCGCUUAUUCUAUUUCUCUCAACGCUUGCAAAUGGCGUCCACGAAACGCGAGUUCCAACCUGAAGACGAACCGGAAUCUGAACAACCUGAGUCCAAAAGGAUAAGGUCUGAUGCUGAUGGUUUGGAUUCUCCAAAAACACAGCCUUGCAGGAACUCCGUGGUUCUCAAUCACGCUGAUUGCAACUUAGAUUUCGACAUUGGAAAUGAUGGUCUUAAAGGUUCUGCCCUUCAUGAGGAGGGGUUUGCUUAUUGCUGGUCUGGUGCUCGUGCAAAUUUUGGAAUCACCGGGGGAAAGUAUUGUUUUGGUUGUAAAGUCGUCUCAGCUCAGCCUGUUAAUAUGGAAGACACACCCCAAGAUCAGCAGCAUGUCUGUCGUGUUGGUAUUUCUAGAGGAGAUGAUGCAGUAGGAAACCUUGGGGAGACUCAGCACAGCUUUGGUCUUGGGGGAACAGGAAAAGUUUCUACUGCUGGAAAAUUUUCGGAUUAUGGUGAAAAGUUUGGGGUUGGAGAUACAAUUGUCUGUGCGGUAGAUCUUGAAAGGAAACCAUUGGCUUCUAUAGGCUUCUCCAAGAAUGGAAAAUGGUUGGGCAUUGCAAAGGAAUUUGAUGCUGGUCCAAGGGGUCUUGGAGUGGUGGAUUCUGCCAUGAAAGAGCUACAAUGGGAAUCAGCCCUCUUUCCUCAUGUUCUAUUAAAGAAUGUUGUGGUUCAAUUGCAUUUUAGCGCUGAAGAUGGACUUGUUCCUGAAGAAGGGUAUAAACCUUGGGUUUCAGCUCUUGAAGAUGGAAAUGCAAUAAAAGGACCUGUUUUCCCUGAUGUAAGGGAUUGUGAAGUAAUGAUGAUGGUGGGUUUACCCGCUUCGGGUAAGACAACAUGGGCAGAUAAAUGGGUGAAAGAACAUCCCGAAAAGCGUUACGUUUUGCUUGGAACAAACCUGAUUCUGGAUCAGAUGAAGGUUCCUGGGCUAGUGCGCAAGAACAAUUAUGGUGAACGAUUUGAUCGCCUGAUGAGUCGAGCAAAUGCAAUAUUUGAUAUCCUACUGUCCAGGGCCGCCAGAACUCCUCACAACUAUGUUAUUGAUCAAACUAAUGUUUUCAAGAGUGCACGCAAACGUAAAUUGAGACCCUUUGCAAAUUUCCGCAAGGUUGCUGUUGUGGUUUUUCCAAAACCAGAGGAGCAGAAAUUUCGUGCGGAUAAAAGAUAUAAAGAAAUGGGAAAAGAAGUUCCAGCUGAUGCUGUGAACAAUAUGUUAGCUAAUUAUGUUCUGCCCAAGAGCAAGGAUAUGCCUGGUUCAGAUGAAUUUUUUGAUCAGGUAAUAUUUGCUGAACUGGGUCAAGUAGAAUCACAGAGAUAUUUAGAGGAGAUGAAGCAUGGUCUAAAUACCAACUCUGCACCAUAUUACGAGGAAACUUUUGUUGCUUCAUCAGUGGGGCAGCCUUCAGUGCAAAAUCAAGGAGUAGUUGGUGGACAUUGGGAAAGUUCUCAUCCUCCUCCUGCGUUGGGUCUACCUCAUUUGCUGAACUAUGGGUACCGAAUUACAAACCAACAGGAGAAGACACUACAUCAAGGACAAGGUUCUUUUUCUAGGGCACACCAAAGCUAUCAGUAUCCCUCUGUACCUAGAGCACCUGCACCUUAUAGUUCUUAUGAAAGUUUCGUUCCACCACACAAUGGGAACUCCGGAAGUUCUGGUGCUAUUCCUGGAUGUAGAAACGACCCAUACCAGAGCUAUGGGGCUGUUGACCAGUACAGCAGACGAAACCUUGAUGUCAAGAAUACUACGUUUGACCCUUAUAGGAGUACUGUGGUUGAAGGCUCCCCCGUUGGAACUAUGAGGCCGUCUUCAUUUACAUACAAUACUGCUGGAGGUCCUCAAAGUGUGCGGGCUCCCAUUGCACCCUCAUAUGGUCCUGGUGCUUGCCCUCCUUAUGGUUCACAUUAUGGAACUAAUCCUCGGCCAAUGUCUUCAUUCUCAACUCCCUCACCAAGACCCUCGUAUGGAAAUUUUCCAGGUGUUGUGCAGCAUCCUGAGGGAUAUAACCCUCCUUGUACAAGGUACUACUAAUUGGUGUGAAGUUUUUCUUUGCCAUUCUUCAGAGCUUCAGAAGAUAGAGAUUGCACUUAAAUCUCUCAAAAAUUAGAAAGCUUGAAGGACAAGUUGCAUCUCUGGAUUGUGUAAAUAUGGCCUUAAUGACACUUUUCUUUUUGUUUGUUGGGGGGGGGGGGGGGGGGGGUUGUGUGGUGUUGGGGAGAUAAUGACUGGGAGUUGAAAGUAUAUUUUCAAAGGUAAUUGGACAUUAACUACUAGUUUGAUCCAUAUUAUCCAAAUAUCUUAUGAGGUUCUUGACGUCUUAAAACUAAUGCAUAGUCUUUUUUACCUAUUC